GGUUUUGCAUUGCGUUUGCGUAGAAGGAGAGAAAGGAACUGAGUGUGUGAUACUGUGAUAUAGUGAAUGGUUGAAUAAUAAGGUAAAAGGGAAGAAUAGAAGAAUGAGUGAAGGUGAACCGAAACUUUAUACCAAUAAGCCCCGAAAAGGGCAACACAAACAAUUACAGGGGCAACAGAAAUCCAACGGUUUUUCCUCGCCGCCGGCGAUGGGGACCCACCCCACUGCUCCGCCUCCGUCGCCGCCUCCACCCAAGGAACCCUUUGUUCGCCGCUACAAAUUCCUUUGGCCUAUGCUCUUGGUUGUAAAUCUCGCUGUCGGAGCUUAUUUGUUUACGAGGACAAAGAAGAAAGAUACUGGUGAGGAGGAACAAGCUGCAACUCCCAUCUCAAAAAAAGAUGCUACAGCUCAUGUUGCUGAGACCUCUGUGUCCUCACCGCCCAUUACAAAUCCUGUGAUCAAACGUGAACCAAUCCCUGAGGACCAACAACGGGAACUCUUCAAGUGGAUAUUGGAAGAGAAGAGAAAGGUCAAACCAAAAGAUGCAGAGGAGAAACAGAGAAUUGAUGAAGAGAAAGCUCUACUUAAAAAGCUUAUUCGGUCAAAAUCCAUCCCAAGUAUCUAAUGAUAAUUUCCUCUUAGCUUUAUCCGCAGGAAGAUAACAAAGUUCCUGAAUUCGAUGUUACUUGAAUUGAUUCCUCCAAUGCUUUCUUUUUUUUUGGUAUGAUGAAUUUUAGAUUGUACAUUUGUUGGGAUAUGAGAGUUGAGUCCCCUGAUGUCCUAAUAUGUCAUUUGCAAUAUUAACCUGUGGCUUUCUGGUUAGUGGUUAGAUAGUAGUACGAGAAAUUGAUAGCACUACCAAAUGAUGGUAGCUCAGUUGACAUAUGAGAGCUGAGCAGAUGGGGUUGAGAACUUGUGUUUGAUCUUCCCAGUACUAUCUUUUGUGGUAUUGGGGGGGAGGGGGAGAGUUUAAAGCUUUAAUCCUGGAUCCUUCCCAUUCCCAUGGAGGAUACCUGUGGUUUAUCCA